AAUUUAAAAAUUUAAAAAUAAAUUCGUUAAAGUUCACACGGGUGGUUCAUUAUUAUGCUUAAUGAUCAUAAAAAUUUGAGUUUUUUUUGGUAGGUAGAUAGGUAUUGAAAUUACAUACGUACAACUAAAUGCACGUGCAAAAACAUAUUAUUCUCAUUAACAAGAAUUCAAAUAAAUUUUUCUUCGAAAUUUAACUUGUAGGUAUAGGUAGAGGUGCCUACCCAAGUGUGAAAACACAUUUCAAUUAACAAGAACUGGAAUAAAUAUUGCUUUAAAAGCAGAAGCUUGAGCACUACUCUGAACUAUUUUUCAAUCAAACGUGAUACUUGUGGCACGCGCUAUCAAAAUGAAAACCAUAACCAUAUUCAUCGUUUUCAUCGUACUAUUUGAAGGAAUUGAACCUGCCGCCUUGAACGGAUGUGCACCAGUGAAUACAACAUUCUGUAAUGGAGUCAACGUUGAAUGUAUUAAUGGAAUAGUUACAAUAAAUGGCAAACAAUACAAAUCUAUCAAACCAUCUGAUAAAGUAGAAGUUACCUUCAAUGAGUUAAAAGUGAAUGACAAACUCGUCGAGAAGAUCAUCGCAGCCCCUGGAACUGGGAGGAGUUCUUUUCUUAGUGCAAAUCCAACACGAGAAGCGAAUGGCAAUAAAUGCCCAUCUGUAGCAAAAAUAAACGCAUCUCAUAUACCUCACUAUUGUAGAAAUGGGCAGUUGUAUGUAGAUGGUGAAAAAAUUGAAAAUGUAAGACCUACAGAUAGCGUCGUAAUUAAUUCAAAUGAGCUUAGAAUUAAUGGUGAAUUCGUUCGAAAUAUUCGAGAUGGCGAAGAGAAACCACGCAAAAAUGAUAACGUAAUCAAUGAUCUUCUCGGACCCAACGUUCUCCUUAGGGACAAUGUUAUCAAUAAUCGUACCACUUCUCCAUCCAGAAACUUUAAUUCAUUCAAUGAAGACAGUUUUGACAAUGCAGUUUUUGAUAAUGCAGCUUUUAAUGACGAGUCGAGCUUCAGCUUUCAGAACAACAAUCGCCCUGGAUCCAAUUCCAGCUCAAAGAAACGUAAAACUCCCAGACCUGUUAGCCCAAAACGACCUAGGGCUGUUAAAAAUACUAGGAGAUCGGUAACGAAGACCGCAAGUAAAAGCGCUAAGACGGGAGACGUGCCAAUAACUACUUCCAGUGAUGAUAAGAAAAUUUACGGUUUUUCUGGAUUGAAGGUAAUUUGUAAUGGAUGUAAUGGUGUGAAUUCUUACUGGAAAGGUGACAAAUUUUACAUCAACGACGUUGAAAUAAAAAAUUGCAAACGUGGGGAUAAAGUGGAAAUCAAUGGAAAUGAAGUCAAGUUGAAUGGCAAAUUCAACACCAACAUUUAGUUGAUCAUAGAAUCGUUUCCAUAGUUUGAAAUCACAAAUCAAUGAGUUUAUUUUUAUGUU